CCUCGGUAGUCCGGUUUUCUCUUGUUCGUGUUAACGACUGCUGCCCCGGUGCGCGUGCCAUGGUAGGCGGGGCUUCUGAGAUGUUAUCCGGAAGUCUGACCGGAAGCUGAAGUUUCAGGGUUUUUCACCUGUUGCUUUUAAACUUCUGAGGGAGUUCGGUUCCGGCGCACGCGCACGCCUUCGCCUGUAUUAUUUACGUUCGUGCUGGUGCUGCUGCUCUCUUUCGGCGCUCGUGCUCUCUCGUUAAGAGUUCGGGUUUACUCGUCUUUGUUGUUGCUGAUCCGAAUCUCCGCGUUCGGCAGAAUCAUGUUCUCACGGAUUCCUGUACAGCCGUGACCCAGUUCACACAAACGGCGGUUUGUUACCGGCGAACCAAGGCGGUCAUCAGAGCCGCGAGGACACGUUUAUAGAUGGAGGCGGGAGUUUGCAGAUUCCUCAACCGUCGGAAACUUUCCGGAAACUUUGAUGUUUUCACAUCCGAAUCCUGAGAACACAGCAGAACACGUCUGACCCUCCAGCUGGAAUCGUCACUUCCAUCAGAAUGAGUAAGAGGAAAGCUGCAGGCAGCAGUGACGGAGCGGCUCUGAAGAAGUCCAGACUGACUGCUGCGAUCACCCAGAAUGCACCACGUUCUGCAACAGCCAGGGCACUGCCGGCCCCCGUCAGUCAGUCCUCGGGGGACAUCGGCCUGAUCGAAAGCAUCACUCUGAAGAACUUCAUGUGCCACCGCUCUCUGGGUCCGUUCCAGUUUGGGCCCAACGUAAACUUUAUUGUUGGAAACAAUGGAAGUGGAAAAAGCGCCAUCCUGACCGCUCUGAUCGUGGGUCUCGGUGGAAAAGCCACCGUGACAAACAGAGGAGUGUCCCUGAAGGAUUUUGUAAAGAUGGGUGAAAAUACCGCUGAUAUAACGGUGAAGCUGAGGAACAAAGGAGCUGACGCCUACAGGAAGGAUGUUUACGGCGAUUGCAUCACAGUGGAACAUCGCGUCUUCAGUGACGGCUCCCGAACCUGCAAGCUGAAGAACGGAUCAGGGCAGCUUGUUUCCAACAAGAAGGAGGAACUGGUGUCCAUCUUGGACCACUUCAACAUCCAGCUGGACAACCCCGUCUCCAUCCUCAGCCAGGAAAUGAGCAAACAGUUCCUGCACUCCAAGAAUGAAGCUGACAAAUAUAAGUUCUUCAUGAAAGCCACUCUGCUGGAGCAGAUGAAGAGGGAUUACAUCCACAUCAAGCACACGGAGACUGUCACGCGGCAGCAGAUCGCGAGGCAGGAAGAGAGUCUGAAGGACUUGAAGCUGGAACUCCUGCAGAAGAAGGAGCGCUAUGAAAACCUGUCGUCCUUCAGUCAGAUGAAGGAGGAGCUGGAAAAGCUGAACAAGAAAAUGGCCUGGUGUUUGGUCCGAGAGCAGGAGCAGACCAUUCAGCGGCUGAAGGAGGAAGCUGAGAAGGAGGAGAACAACCACAGACCUCGGGACAACCUGCGGCUCUGUCAGAGCAAACUGCUGCAUGCAGAGAAGGAGCUGCAGGACGUCAGGAGCAGAGCUGAGCAUCAGAGAGAGGAGCAGGAGGCUCUGAGGAAGGACAGCCUGAGGCUGAAGGAGCAGGCCAGGCUGAGCAGCAGAGCUCACAAGGAGCAGGAGCUUGCUUAUUUCCGACUACUGAACAGACUCCGACAGUCGGAGCAGGAGCAGAACCUCCUGCAGGAGAAAAUAGGAAAAGGAACAACCAGCCACAGUCGGACCUCUGGAGGAGAAAGCCCAAUGCAGCAGCACCAGAAGAACCUCCGGGACCUGCAGGAGCAGCUGGAACAUCUGGAGGCCCGGUGUCUGCUGUUGAACGAGGAGAUGAAGAAGAAGCAGCAGGCGCUCCUCAAGGGGAAAGAGGAGCGAGACACCCUCAGAGCGGAACAGAGGAGCGUCCAGGUUCUGUUCGAGUCCAAGUUGAAGAGGAGGAACCAGCUCCUCGCCAGUCGCUCCAACAAGCUGAAGCGGUUUGGAGAUCACAUUCCAGACUUGCUGAGCUCGGUGGCCGCCGCCAGCGCUGCAGGACGCUUCCUCAAGAAACCCAUCGGACCCAUCGGUACUGCACACGGGUUCUGGUCCUUGACCCGCCGCCUCUGUCAGAACUGUUUAGUGAUAGACAUAGGCUCCUGCAUCAGCUUGAAGGACCCGUCCCUCGCCGUGGCGGUGGAAUGUUGCCUGCGCAGCUUCAUGAAGGCCUUCUGCUGUGAUAACUACAAAGACGAGGCCGUCCUCCAGGAACUGAUGACGCGCUUUUACCCAAAAGGCAACAGGCCUCAGAUCAUCGUCAGCCCCUUCACCGACAGGCUGUACAACGUUCACGGACGGAAGGUGUGUCAUCCGGAGUUCCGGUCCGUGCUGGACGUGGUCACAGCCAGCAGUCCGGUCAUCCUCAACUGCCUGAUCGACAUGCGAGGGAUCGAGUCCAUCCUCAUAAUCAAAGACAAGGACAAGGCCAGGAGGGUCAUGCAGCAGGAAGCCCCGCCCAGAAACUGCCGCGAAGCCUUCACUGCCGAAGGAGACCAGGUGUUCCUGAACCGCUAUUACACCUCCGACUGCAGCUUCCCCAAAUACCUCAGCCGGGACAUCGAGAUGGAGAUCAGCCUGUUGGAGGCGGAGCUGGAGAACCAGAAAGCUCACCUGUGCCGGUUCCAGCUGCAGCUGAGCUCGGUGACCAAGGACAUCGACAGCAUGGAGAGCGGCGUGAACAGCACCAUCAUGACCUUGAAGAAGACUGCGUUGUCCGUAAAUCGGGUGAAAGUGGCGAUCACUGAGCUGGAGACGGACGAGGAGGUGGACGACAUCCGCUUGCUGGAGGAGGCGGUCCAGGAGAGCCGGCAGAGGAUCGCAGCAGAGAGGAGAGCGGUGGAGGAGGCCAAGGCCAAGCUGGAGCAGCUUCAGAUGGUGGCAGAGGGGGCGGAGUCUGAGUUCUCAUCUGUCAGAGACACAGCGGAUCAGAUGUUGGAGGACAUGGAGCCGCUGAAGGAGGAGCAGCUGCGGUUAGAGGCGGAGUGCGCCAAGUUUGAGCGCGUCCACGCAGUUCUGGAGAACAAGCUGAAGGCCCACGAGGACAACGUCCACGCCAUGAAGACGGAGGUCUGCAACAGGGAGGAGGAGCUGCAGGAAUACGUGCAGAAAGCCACGGCGAUCAGCCCGGAGCGGCAGAGCGGGACCUGCAGCGCCAAGAGCGUCGACUCGGAAAUCACCUGCCUGAAGAAGAAAAUCAAGGUGUACGAGAGCAGCCACGGCGACCCCGAGCAGCUGGUCAGGAAAUACGCCGAGUCGCUCGCUCUCUUCAGAGACAAAAGCAGCCAAGUGCGAGAUCUGCGGCGCUUCAUCGACCGACUCACCGCCAUCAUGUCCGACCGGCAGAACAGAUACAAAAUCAUGCGGAGGUCCCUGUCGGUGCGAUGUAAGCUCUACUUCAACAACUUCCUGAUCAAGAUGAAGUGCUGCGGCUCCAUGAGCUUCGACCACAACAACGAGACGCUUUCCAUCUCGGUCAGGACCCCCGGCCGGGACAGGGACGGCGUGAGCGACUUGAGGUUGCUGUCCGGCGGCGAGCGCUCCUUCUCCACCGUCUGCUUCAUGCUGUCUCUGUGGGAAAUCACAGAGUCGCCCUUCAGAUGCCUCGACGAGUUUGACGUCUACAUGGACAUGCACAACCGGAGGAUCUGUCUGGAUCUGCUCCUGGAGCUGUCGGAGCGGCAGCACCUUCGGCAGUUCAUCUUCAUCACUCCUCUGAACACCAGCAACCUCCCCAGGAGCCCCCUCAUCAGGAUCCACCACCUGUGGGACCCAGAAAGAGACAAAACUGGCGCCGAAGACGAGCAGCUCCGGCUGCAGACGCCAAGACGAUGAUCAGAAAUUCACUUUCACCGUUUGGUCUGCACAGGUUUCUGGGAAAUACGGCACGUCUGAAUCUCUGUUACUUUUUCAAAAAGAUUAAAAACAUGAUUUGUGUUUGA